GUCAACCGUCCAUUGUUGUCAAUAUAUAGAAUACCGAAUAUUAUAUAGCGCAUAAUUUUGUAAUUUGCAUUCACUUAUUUACCAUUAAAGUAAAAUUAAGUCCAUCGUAGGAACAAUGGGAGUAAUUAGAAAAACAUUAAAUUGGUACGCCAGAUUAAGUCCUAGUCGUGGUAAAACAUCACCUCCAUACGAGCAUGUCGUUCAAAUUGGAGAUCCUAGGUUACGUAAAACUUCAGAACCGGUACCGAUAGAUAAAAUAAAAACGAGUGAAGUACAAAAAGUGAUAAAAACACUAGAAUAUGUUGUAAACAAAUAUGGCAGUGUUGGCAUGUCGGCACCACAAAUCGGCAUAAAUAUGAGGAUAUUUGUAAUGAAACUAACAGCACAACAAGUAUCAUCAUUUCCUGCAGAAAUUGUUAAAAUGAGGGGUAUAAGUGUUGUACCGUUGACUACUUUUGUAAAUCCUACACUGAAAGUUGUUGAUUAUAUAAAAGUGGUACAUCCAGAAGGCUGUGAAAGUGUCAGGUCUUUCUCUGCUGAAGUUGCAAGAUAUAAAAAAGUUCAGAUUACAGGCUAUGAUCAAAAUGGGGAACCAUUACAAAGAACAUACUCAGACUGGGCGGCGAGGAUAGCUCAGCACGAGAUGGACCACUUGGAUGGGAAGCUGUACACAGAUAUCAUGGACAGAAAGACAAUGUGCUGUGUGUGCUGGGAGGAAGUCAACUUGUCCAAGGGAAAAGUUGCAAUACCUUUCGCUCCAGAAUAAAUAAUGAAGGCUAUUUGAAAUUUUAUUUCAAACCUACUUUAGAUCAUAAAAUAAUAUAUUGAGUCUAGUCACCAUGUAAACUUUAUGUGGAAUAAAAAGUUAUAUAACCUGGCUAAGUAAGAAAAAUAUUGCAGGCACUUGGAUUAUCACUUAUCCUGGUUCAACUGUAUAUGAUAUUAGCUGUCGCACGCGACUCCGACCGCGCGCAGUUAAAAAAAAAA